AUGGACCGCACCACCACCACCACUGGCGGCGAUGACGCUGCCUUCGAAAGUCUCGCGGACUUGACGAACACAGCCUCGCCGAAAUCGAUCUCGGAGCACGAGCGCCAUAUUCUCAAUAACCACCAGCAACCGGUGCUGCCGCCGGUUCCCCACCGACGCACCUCGUCUGGCGCAAACUUCUUCUCCAAGUUCCCCUUCAUGCGCUCCCUUUCCGAUGGGAAACAACAGCAGCAGCAGCAUCAUCAUCAGUAUCAAGAAGGUGACGAAGACGCAUCCCGCUCUCCGCCGACAUCCAUGUCGACCAUCACCCAGCAGCAGCAGCAGCAGCAGCAGCAGCAGCAAAAGUCGCGACGGAGAAAGGGCUCCCUUAGGAAGGUAGCCUUGCUGGGGAGGGGCGCGCAAAGGGAGCGCAGGGAAGCGAAGCAGCUCACCAUUGACACAUCACAUAGCGUCUCUCGCGACAUGGACAGCGGCGCGUCCCGAUCGCACGCGACUCUCGAGCAGGACCCUCUCGGACUAAACAUCUCGGACCUGACGCCGCGUCCUUCGAUGGAUGGGUACGCGAGCAGGUCGAGCGUCGCGGAGUCCUCUCUGCUGCCGUCGACGAGUCCUCCGCGACCCAACGAUACGGAAUCCGGCAUCACGAGUCCCACGAUAUCCUACACCUCUACGACGGACGAGGAUGAUGUAUUGCACAUCCCAAACCAUAUCCCCUCCCCGUUACGGCCAGACCUAUCGCUGUCGUCAGGCUCCGAUUCGUACUUUGGGAACCGUUCAAGGCGCCGGUCUAUACUACAAGCCAAGUCACCGCUCUCGUAUAGCGGGCUCUCUACAACGCCAUUACCGCCCAAUGACGCGGAAUGGGAUUACUCGGAAACGGAGUGGUGGGGCUGGGUUGUCCUGAUCGUUACGUGGAUUGUGUUCGUCGUCGGCAUGGGCUCGGUCCUGGGAAUCUGGAGCUGGGCCUGGGACGUCGGGACGACGCCGUAUGCUCCCCCGGAGCUCGAGGACGACCCGACGCUGCCCAUCGUGGGCUACUAUCCGGCCCUCAUCAUUCUCACUUGUAUCAUGGCUUGGGUGUGGGUUGUCGUGGCAUGGGUGGGCAUGAAGUACUUUCGCCAUGCUAAGAUCAGUGGGGAGUGA